UAUGUCUUAGGGAAGAAUGGCAUCAGGAAAUGUCUCUUCAGUUACUGAGUUUAUCCUACUGGGUUUAACAGAACAACCAGAACUCCAGCUGCCACUCUUCUUCAUUUUCUUAGGAGUUUAUGUGAUCACCAUGCUGGGGAAUUUGGGAUUGCUCAUUCUGAUUGGUCUGAACCCCCACUUGCACACUCCCAUGUAUUUCUUCCUCUUCAACCUUUCCUUUGUUGAUCUCUGCUAUUCCUCUGCCAUAACUCCCAGAAUGCUGAUUAGUUUUGUGAAAGAGAAUGUUAUCUCUUAUGGAGAGUGUAUGACUCAGCUUUAUUUCUUCUGCUUCUUCGUUAUUGAUGAGUGCUAUCUUUUGACAGCAAUGGCCAUUGAUCGAUAUGUGGCCAUCUGUAAGCCCCUGCUUUACAGGGUCACCAUGUCCAAUCAGAUGUGCUUCAUGCUGAUAAUGGGCACUUAUAUGAUGGGGUCUUCAGGUGCCAUUGCCCACACUGUGUGCAUGUUGAGACUCACCUUCUGUGAUGGCAACAUCAUUGAUCAUUUCAUGUGUGAUGGACCUCCCCUGUUCCAGCUCUCCUGCACAAGCACCAAUGUCAAUAAAGUGGUAGUUUUCACUAUUGUGGGAAUCAAUGUACUAGUUUCCAGUGUCACCAUCUUCAUUUCUUACACCUCGAUCAUCUCCACCAUCCUCCAAAUCAGUUCUACAAAGGGCAGGUCUAAAGCCUUCAGCACCUGCAGCUUCCACAUAAUUGCAGUUUCUCUGUUCUUUGGAUCAGCAGCAUUCAUGUAUCUUAAACCUUCUUCUACUGGUUCUGUGAAUCAAGAUAAAGUAUCCACCGUUUUUUAUACCAUUAUGGGGCCAAUGAUGAAUCCUUUCAUCUACAGUUUGAGGAACAAAGAUGUCCAUGUUGCUCUGCAUAAGGCAUUGAAGAAAAGGAUGUUCUUCUAG